CAUAAGGGUAAAUUCGUAAAACUAAGGGGGUGCGGUCGCGAAACUCGAAAGAGAAAUUCUUCGGGCACAAGAAAUCCCUUUCUUCAAUUUAGGGUUUUAACUCUGCAUUGACGAGGGCUUGCUCUGUGAUUUACAGUUCUCUCUAAUCUGUUUCUAACAGGGUUCAAAGUUGAAGAUCAAUUGGUUCAUCUCCAAAUCCAAUUGAAGAAAUGGAAGGUGAACGUAAUUUAGAGGCAGCCAUAGAGCAGUUGCUCAAUGUCGAGAAGCAGAUGCGGCUUGCCGGAGAUGUGGCCGGCACCAAGAAGGCCGCCACUGACAUUUUACAGCUUUGCUUUGAAGCGAAAGCAUGGAGGACUCUCAAUGAUCAGAUUGUGCUCUUAUCCAAGCGCCGUGGACAACUCAAACAGGCUGUAACUGCAAUGGUCCAACAAGCAAUGCAAUAUAUUGAUGAAACACCGGACAUUGAGACCAAAAUAGAGCUUAUCAAGACGCUUAACAAUGUGUCUGCAGGAAAGAUAUACGUCGAAAUUGAGAGAGCCCGGUUAAUCAAGAAAUUAGCAAAAAUCAAAGAAGAACAGGGGCUUAUUGCAGAAGCUGCUGACUUGAUGCAAGAAAUUGCUGUGGAAACUUUUGGUGCUAUGGCUAAAACUGAGAAAAUUGCAUUCAUUCUUGAACAAGUUCGUCUGUGUUUAGACCGUCAGGAUUAUGUUCGUGCUCAGAUUCUAUCAAGGAAAAUCAGUCCAAGAGUUUUUGAUGCUGAUCCUACUAAGGAGAAGAAAAAACCUAAAGAAGGUGAUAAUAUUGUUGAGGAGGCUCCAGCUGAUAUCCCAUCGUUAAUGGAGUUGAAGCGUAUUUACUAUGAAUUGAUGAUAAGGUAUUAUUCCCACCAGAAGGAUUACCUUGAAAUUUGUCGCUGCUACAAAUCAAUAUAUGACAUUCCAUCUGUCAAGGAAAACUCAGCUCAUUGGAUACCAGUCCUGAGGAAAAUCUGUUGGUACCUAGUUCUGUCACCACACGAUCCCAUGCAGUCGAGCCUUCUUAAUUCCAUUUUGGAAGAUAAAAAUCUUUCAGAGAUCCCGAAUUUCAGAUUGUUGUUGAAACAGCUAGUUACUAUGGAGGUCAUCCAAUGGACAGCUUUAUGGAAUGAUUACAAGGAUGAGUUUGAGAAUGAGAAGAAUUUGUUAGGUGGCUCUUUGGUUGAGAAGGCUGCAGAAGAUCUCAAACAAAGGAUAAUCGAACAUAAUAUUCUUGUCGUGUCGAAAUAUUACUCAAGGAUUACAUUGAAGAGACUUGCAGAGCUGCUGUGUCUCAACCUCCAGGAAGCAGAGAAGCAUCUUUCCGAAAUGGUUGUUUCCAAGGCUUUAGUGGCGAAAAUUGACAGGCCGAUGGGCAUUGUCAGCUUCCAGACAUCGAAGGACAGCAAUGACAUUCUCAAUUCAUGGGCAAUGAACUUGGAGAAACUGCUGGAUCUUGUUGAAAAAAGCUGUCACCAAAUACACAAGGAGACCAUGGUUCAUAAAGCUGCUCUAAAAGUUUGAGAAGGAUGAUUACGAGCCAUGUGUCAUUGUUCACCCAGGAUUCGGCAUCGUUGGCUGUUCUGCCAAACAGAACUAUCAAGAAUUUGUCCAGAUUUUCCAAUGUGGAUUGUUUUGGUAGUAAGGAACAAAAUGGAAGUAAAGAUUGUUGUAUAAUACCGACUAGAAAUUGGAACCGACAUUUCUUAUUUUUGUAUCGUCUGGCAUUAAAUCGCUUCAGCUAGUUUUCAGUUCUUAGGGCUUUGUUUGCUACAACAUUCAACUACCAUUUUAUCCAGUUUAGGCUUGUAUGCCUUUUGCAUUUCAACUUCA